AUGACUCGUUCUCUCUCCACCGUGGUUCACGUCCUUUCAUUGGCUCUCGCCCUGUCCCCUGCGUCGGCUCAACUGGCGAACACGUUCCAGUAUGUCGGUCUAUCUGGAGCUUCGGCCCAGCAGAUGUUUCUAGGAAGGCCCGAUAGGGUCUAUAUAGUCGAUAAGACCGAGCGAAACAACAUCACUGUCGAUGGGCAUCCGGGUUGGGCGACCGAGUAUGACCUUCAGACUAACACUUUCCGUCCCAUGGCCGUGUUAUCGAACUCAUUCUGUGCCGGUGGGACUGUUCUGGGCAACGGGACGUGGUUGAAUGUCGGGGGCAACCAAGCCAUCGAGAUGGGAGGAGUGUCACCUCCUGGAAUCAGUCAAACGGGUCAAAAUCCAUACGGUGAUUGGGAUGGAGGCAAGGCCUUACGACUGCUCGACCCAUGCGAUGACGAGACUUGCGAGUGGCUCGAUGAUCCUGCAUUGUACCUUACGUCUAGGCGGUGGUAUCCUACACUGGAGACUUUGGAGGAUGGGACUGCGAUCAUCUUCGGAGGUUGUGAAUGGGGCGGAUACGUCAACUUUGCCAAUAAUAAUCAGAACAAUCCAACUGUCGAGUUCUGGCCAUCACGGGGCGAGCCGUUCACCUUGGACUUUCUGAUCAAGACUCUCCCUGUCAAUCUCUUCCCUCUUGUUUGGCUCCUUCCUUCAGGCAAUAUCUUCAUACAAGCUGAAUUUCAAGCCAUGAUAUUGGACUACAAGAACAUGAUCGAGUACGACAUUGCGGAUAUACCCGAUGCCGUCCGUGUGUAUCCUGCCAGUGCGGGAACUGCUGUCUUCCCUCUGACCCCGGAGAACAACUGGACGUCCACCAUCAUCUUUUGCGGAGGUACAGAUCUCGAAGCGGAUCAAUGGAACCCUGUAUGGGCCAUCACAAAGUAUCCUGCGUCUACAAGCUGCGUCACUAUCAGCCCAGAUGUCGAUCUCACUUGGUAUCAAGAUGAUCCGCUCGAUGCUGGUCGGUCCAUGGGGAAUUUCAUCAACCUGCCCGAUGGUAGAUUGUUGCUUCUCAAUGGCGCUGGGAAUGGAACUGCAGGAUACGGCAACAACAGUUGGGCCGUUGGACAAUCUUACGCCGAUGAGCCGAGAUUGCAAGCGUGGUAUUAUGAUCCCGCACAACCUUCCGGAAGUCGAUGGUCCAAAGCUGGUCUGACAACCAUUCCGAGAAUGUACCACUCGUCGUGUACCUUAUUGGCGGACGGCUCUGUCAUUGUGUCGGGAAGUAAUCCGAAUGCCGAUUACAUAUCCCCUGGGACCCCAGGUUAUACCUUUGUCACCCAGUAUCAGGUUGAAAUCUUUUAUCCGGAUUACUGGGACAAGCAACGUCCAGCUCCCGGUAACAUGCCCAGCAAUUUCACAUACGGUGGGGAGUAUAUCAAUGUCACUCUGACCAUGGAGGAUCUUAACAACGACGCACUGAACAUCAACAAGACGAAAGCAGUCAUCAUACGCACUGGGUUCUCGACACACACUAUGAACAUGGGCCAGAGACAUGUCGAACUUGAAACGUCCUUCACUUCCAAUACGGACGGCUCAGCUACACUACACGUUGCUCAAUUACCGCCGAAUCCGGCCAUCUUAGUCCCUGGUCCAGCGCUCUUCUUUGUCGUCGUCGACGGCGUGCCAAGUAACUCGUCAUGGAUCAUGGUUGGGAAUGGCCAGCUGGGUGAUCAACCGAUCGGCGAAGCGAGCGUCUUGCCACAGUCUACCAUCUCCGCACAGCUUGUCGCUCAGUACGGCAAGCGUGAUGAGCUGGACAUGGAGCAGCGCGGCUUCUGGCAUUGGGGCAAGCGGGGCAGUCUACUAUGGGAUUUUUAA